AGCAUCGCUACACAGUGGUGGUAACAUUCCACGUGCGCGGGUAAACUUAUGCCGACUUUGAGUCGAAAACAAAAUCAGAAUGACUUUUGACUCAAAUCUGCAAUGUACUGAUUGCGAAGUCGUACACAAUGGAUGCAACUCUUUUGCAUGUGAAUGCAGUGGACGUGCACCUGGCUUGUACACUCUGUUGUGCAUUUGUGUUUAGUGCCAGCUACAAAUAAUACUAAUUUCUCUACAAAUUUAAAGGAUACCGUCUCAUGUAGUUCACAUUUUCAUUAAUCCAAGUCAACGCCAAAAAAGGCAAUCAAGCCCAAAUACGCAGCACAGUGCAAUACGAACUUUGCUUCUGAUUAAUAAUUACACUUGCAAGCUCAAUCUCCGAGCUCCAAAGGAAAAAGCAUAAUGCCGCAUCGGUAAAGCCAAAGAAAUUGGAUAAGAUACUGAGAUGAACUCAAAUAGUGUCUAUGCACACAACGUAAAUUAUGAACUGGCAAUGGGUUUGCUGGAAAUCCAUAGAAAAUGGGAAAAUGUAUAUCUUUAAGAUCAUCGCGAGGGGGGAGCCCGAAUAAUUGCCAUGAUCCAAAGUACCAAUACGUUUACGUUUCUCGAAGUGUCGUGAGGCAAAAAGUCGGAACGCAUUAAAUGUGACGCAGGAAAAUAAAGUGAAUUUUCGAAGUGCCAUAAUAUAAUAUAUAUAGAUAUACGCAUCAUAUUUAUAUAUAUUUGUUCUAUAAAUAUCAUUAACUUGCCCACGGCCGAUUAUGCAGUCCUUGAUGCGCCUAGUCAAAUGAGUACGACUCAAAAAUAUCUUAUCUCAGACGUAAGAAAAGAGACGAUAUUGAGACAUGGCUCAGUAAGCUCGAUUUUUUUAAAUAUUUUGGCAACGAUUGGAAACCAAUAAAAGAAAUAGAGACCGCCGAUAUGCCGAUAUGAAGCCUCCUGGAGAAGAUCAGACGAAUGAGAAGGAACACUCCGACUUAGGGAUGAUAAAACAACUUCAAAUAAUACGUAACCGAAUACUCAGUCAGACCCAUUACGAUAGCAUGACCGACAUUGAUGCGAGUGCUCAACAGCAACAACACCUUCAGAACGUGCAGAGACUGCAGCACGAAAGCUGCCUUCAGGAAUUGCACAAUCAACUGAGCAGCCAGUUUGGGGCAGGUUGCUUUGCUGCAUCGAAUCCCCAACACCACCAACAGGCAGGUUCCGUAACUUCCGGAAACUUGAUGCCAUUCCUUCCGGCCUUCCUACAGCCCCCAAUUCCUGCUCAACAGCUCCUGCAGCUAAUUCCCGGCCAUGCGAGUCCCCAGUCUGCUCCAACCCACCCGCACAGUCACCCACAAAGUGACCCAUCCAGUACCCACAAAAUGGCACUAGCUCCUGUGUGGUCCACUGCGGCUGUGGCAGCUGCGCACAUUCAAGCAGCUCUGGCGGCUGCAGCAGUAGCAGCUGCCAACAAUAGCAAAAACAGAAACCGUUUUUCGAACAACACUAAUAUAGUUGGUUUAUCCACCAGUGGAAAUGAGCUAUCGAACAAAGAAUCUAUUCCCCAAGUGGAAAUCGGAGAAAUGAAACGGGGCGGUAAUGGGGGAAUCUGCUUGUCAAGGCCGGAGUCCCCAACAUACGAGAAUCACCCUUACGCAAUCCUCUCCUAUAGCCAUAACACACCUCCGGAAUCACCACAUGGUCGAACAGCUGAUUGUUCCAAAAACUUUUCACCAUCGCCAACAGACAAUCACAGCCUUGCGAGCCUCUCUGAAGCCCAAGACUCGGAAAUGGAUGCACCACUUAAUCUCAGCAAGCCAAAAGGAUCACCAGGUUCGUCGCCGAACAGCUCUUCUCAAAGGGAUCACAGCGAGAGCAUUACUCCCGUUGUGUCAAGUCCUCCCCUCAGUUGGCAUCAGGGGCAACCACAAUAUGCCGAGAUAGAGUCGCCCCUUCUUAAAAGUCACGGGAGAGUGUGGAACUCUGCUGUCGUAUGUUCUGGAGGGUCACGGGCCACGCGAAUGAGUCGUGACUCAGUAAAUAGUUGUGGUACGAAUUCAGAACGAUCAGCUGCGUUGGACCCCGAAAGUUUAAACUUAAGUCAACUAGGCCCUAUACCUUCAUCGCCAUCAUCGCAGCCACUAAGAAAUGGUCAUGGUCAUGGACAUGGGCACGGAGACAACCACGGCCACGUGCACAGCAAGCCACACAUAAAGAGGCCAAUGAAUGCGUUCAUGGUGUGGGCAAAAGAUGAGCGAAGAAAGAUACUAAAGGCUUGCCCGGACAUGCAUAACUCAAAUAUAUCAAAAAUUCUUGGUGCUCGCUGGAAAGCUAUGUCCAAUGCCGACAAGCAGCCCUAUUACGAAGAACAGUCAAGGCUCUCGAAACUUCACAUGGAGCAGCAUCCCGACUACCGCUAUAGACCUCGGCCCAAGCGCACAUGCAUCGUGGACGGUAAAAAGAUGCGCAUUUCCGAAUAUAAAGUCCUGAUGCGAAAUCGGAGGGCUGAGAUGAGACAGCUAUGGUGCCGCACUGGCGGUGUCAGUGGUAGCUCCGGAAGUCUCUGCGCCGAUGCCUGUCCAAAGGGAUCCGGGGGAUCUAAUGCUCAGGUCGCGGUUGCAGCCGCUGCAGCUGUUUACCACUUGCAGGAUGUAGCAUCUGCAGCAGUUUCCAACGCUCAUGGGCAUGACUGUGGACACACGCCCCCCCAGCAGUUCUUCUAUCCCCCAGAAAGCUUAUCGCCCUCUGGCUUUUCUUCCGAUGAUGUGGAACUUGCAUCUCAACGCGAGCUGGACGACUAGGAUGGUGGUUACCGCAAGCCACAACCGGGAUAGUUACGAUUCCGGCAAACGUUGCAAAUUCUCCGAAAUUAAAUGGAAAAAUACAAAUAAAAUCAGUUUGUAAAUACAAAAGGAAUAGGAUAGUCAUUGUUUAAAGUAAUCAUUUAAGUUUCAGUUCAAGUGCCAUUACACGUACAUAAAUAUACAUAAAUAGAUAAUUUGUGAAACGAUAGUUCACAGGGCAUUCGGUCUUGAGAACCUUGCAAUUUUUGUGCCAUUUACGCACCAAUGCUGUAGCCAUAAAAUAACCCAGAUUAGGCGAAAACAAAUAGGUAGUUAGUAUCGAUAAAUAUUUGUAAAAUAUACAAAUACAUAUGUACAUGUCAAAUUUGUAAGCGUCCAAAUACUCAAACCUAGUUUAAAAGAACACACAAAGCACCAUAAGUAUACAUAUUACAUAUAUUUAAUUAGUUGUAGAUUUUCAUAAAUACUUUCAAUUUUAUUAUAUAGAUUGGCUUUUGUGCAUAGUUAGUAAACACAUUACGAUUUUGUUAUAGUAACAUUAUAGUAUUCCUAUUCCGGCCGUAUGCCGCUUUUUCAAAUUCCUGGUAUUAUAAUAUGCUGGUAAUCUACUUAAAUGCAAAUUAAAGAAAUAUAAUUCAGAUGGAUUGUAUAUGAAGAAUAUUUCUAAAUGUACAUUACGUCAGAUUAUUUUUCACUCUAACCUAAUUAAUUUUUAAGAUAUACAAUACAAUUGAAUCAAAAUGCGCAUAAAUUAAAUUAAACGGAAAAAUUAUUUCCAACCAAUUGUAUAUUAACAGAGAGAAAUAGAAUACUAGCAUAAUGGCUUGGAACCAAUUAAACAACAACACGAAAAA